ACUCCCUGCGACCAACGGCCGCGCCCCCAGUCCGCGCUCGGAGGCGGCAGAGCAGAGCGCACCAUGUUCCACCUGCUGCUGCUGCUGCUGCUGCUCGCCGGGCUCAGGGGCUCGCAGGCGUCAGGACCCGGUUCUCCAAAUUCAUUUCUUCAAGUUGUAUCACCAAAGGAAAUUCAAACAAAUGACAGCAGUAAUUCAGAAAUGAAAUAUAUAUCGUAUGUUCUUCCAAUAGAUGAGAUCCUGUAUACUAUUCACCUUAAGCAAAGAUAUUUUGUAGCGGAUACUUUCAUGGUGUAUUUGCAUAACCAAGGAUAUGUCAGUUCUCAGUACUCCGACAUUCAGCCUCGGUGCUACUAUCAAGGAUAUAUUGAAGAGCAUCCAAAUUCUGUUGUCACACUCAACUUGUGCCAUGGACUCAGAGGAUUACUGCAAUUUGAAAAUGUUUCUUAUGGUAUUGAGCCUUUGGAAUCUACUGGUCCAGUUCAGCAUCUUCUUUAUAAAUUAGGGAAUGAAAACAAGGACUUAGGAAGUUUCAACUAUGACACUAUAAGCAUAGAAAAACAGCCACGUGUUCCAGAUGUAUUUCCUCUUUUUCUAGAAAUGUACAUUGUGGUGGAUAAAGCUUUGUAUGAAUAUCUUGGCUCUGAAAGCAUGCUAAUAACACAUAAAUUCAUCGAAAUUAUUGGCCUUGUAAAUUCAAUGUUCGCCCAGUUUAAAGUUACUGCUGUGUUGUCGUCUUUGGAGUUGUGGUCAGAUGGAAAUAAGAUUUCUACAGCUGGUGAGGCCGAUGAACUCCUAGAAAUAUUUUUAAAAUGGAAGCAUUCUUAUCUUAAAUCAAGACCUCAUGAUGUUGCAUAUCUGUUCAUUUAUAGGGAUUAUCCACAUUACCUGGGUGCUGUGUUUCCUGGAAAGAUUUGUGAUACUCAGUAUUCUGCAGGAAUUGUAGUGUAUCCUAAGGAGAUAACCUUGGAGGCAUUCUCAGUUAUUGUCACCCAGAUGCUGGGACUCAGUCUGGGGAUCUCAUACGAUGACCCUAAGAAAUGUCACUGCCCAGGAGCCAUCUGUGUCAUGAAUCCAGAAGCUGUGACAUCCAGUGGUGCAAAGAUUUUUAGCAGUUGCAGUUUGUGGGACUUUGAGAGUUUCAUUUCAACCGAGGGUGCGAGUUGUCUUCAGAAUAUGCCAGAAAUGGAAAGACAGCGAGCAGCCUGUGGCAACGGACGCGUAGAACUAAGUGAGAUCUGUGACUGCGGUACUGAACAACAAUGUGGACCUAACAAUUGUUGUGAUCACCGAACUUGCAGACUGAAAGCAAAUUCACAAUGUCUUAGUGGAGCAUGCUGUCAUAACUGCCGUUUUAGGCCCAGUGGUCAUGAAUGCAGAGGCAUUAAAUAUCCUGCUUGUGAUUAUGCUGAGCAAUGUACUGGAGCAUCAGAAGAGUGUCCACCUGACAGAUUUGUAAUGAAUGGAUAUCCAUGCAGACAAAAUACUUCUGUUUGUUUUGAUGGACAUUGUAUAAGUCUUGAUGAUCGCUGUAGUACAUUAUUUGGAGGAGGUUCAAAAAAUGCUCCAUCUAAGUGCUAUGAAGAAAUACAAACUCAACUAGAUAGAUUUGGGAACUGUGGUAAAGAGAAAAACAAAUAUAAAGCCUGUAAAUAUAGAGAUCUCGGAUGUGGACGAUUAGUCUGUACAUACCCAUCACCGGAUCCUUAUAUUAGAGAAAAUGUGGCUAUAAUUUAUGCUUAUAUACAAAAUAUAAAAUGUGUGAGUUUAGACUACUCACUGCAAAACUUGGAUUCAGAUCCAAUGAUGAUCAAAAACGGCUCUCCCUGUGAGAAAAAUGGGUUUUGUGUCAAUGGCGUUUGUGUAGAAGGAAGAAUACUUAGAUUUCAAGCAGAGCAGUGUGAACGCACACGUUGCAAUGGAAAUGGAGUUUGUCGAUCUGAUGGAAGAUGCCAGUGUCAUGAGGGCUCUAGUGGCGAUUCUUGCGAGAACCAACUUCAAGCAGCACGAUCAUUUCAGAAGCUAGGUUUGAACAAGGGAAAAUUUUCUAGGAUGGGUGAAAAGCAUUGGUUUCCUGGUUUCUAUAUUGGGUUGCCUGUUCUGAUCAUAGCCACUACAGUAAUUGUGGCGGUGUCAUGGAAUAAGUUGUACAAGUGGCCUGUCAAAGAAGAGGAAUCACCAAGUAACGGGUAA